UCUAGCACACAGUGAAUUUCUUCUGGCUAUUCUGGAAUCCAAAUUAGUAGAAUAAACAGCUCUAACUAGCAAUAAUGGAAACAGUGGAAGCACACUUGAUCUAACAUGGGAGUGCCUGUGGAGAAGAGAGGAACGCAGAUAUCCUCCCAUCCGUCCAUAGGUUAAAAGCCCGGCACCCGCACAACACCGAGCUCCAUCUCCUAUCCUCCUCCACCUCGCCCUCUCUCCACCUCUUCCCUCGCCCUCCCCUCCCUCUCCAAACCCCCGGCAGCCAUAGCUACCGGGAGGGCUGGAGCUGGGGAAGGAGGCAUUCCUUGGAGCCUGCGCGCCCCCUACCCAGAUCCGCUUUUUCGGGUAGUCUUGGGCGAUCUGGACUCUCCCCCAAAUCGUUCGUUGCAGAGACAAGAAGUUGCCCUCGCCUCUGCUCGUUGUUCUUCGUAGCCUCGGAUCAAAAGCAGCCGCCUUUGCAUUCAUUCUUCGUCGGCCCCUUCGGAGACCGCCCUCGUCAAGAUUUGGUGGGAACCCAAUUCGCAGGGGUUCCUCGUGGAAAGGCGCCGCUUCGAUUCUUGUUUCUCCACCGUUUUCCACCCCCCUAUAUAUCUCCACCUCCUGUCCACCUACUCGCCUAACUUCCUUUUACUUUGAUCCGCCCCGUCUCGGUAUUCGAUCGCUGUCCGUCCGGCAGUUUCUUGAUUUGACGCAGGCCAGAUCGCUUUCUGGUGUUUUCUUUUCCCCGGAGUGGUUGAGGCGGUCCCCGUCCUCGGUCGGAGCCAUGGCGGCGGCGAACGGAGGCGGCGCGGCGCUGUUCAGCGACGAGGAACUCCGGGAUGUGAGCGGGCUGCGCCUGCGCGAGGGCUUCGUGGAGAUGAUGUGCGGAUGCACCAGCCGCCGCUACGGCGACGCCGUAGGCCGCCUCCUAAUCUACCCGUCCGGCGAGCUGGAGAUUAGCUGCGACUGCACGCCCGGCUGCCGCGAAGAAAAGCUGACUCCUUCAGCGUUUGAGAAGCACUCUGGAAGGGAGACUGCAGGAAAGUGGAGGAACACCGUGUGGGUCAUGAUUGAUGGAGAAAAGGUUCCACUGGGAAAGACGGAAUUUCUCAAAUACUACAACCUGUCAAACAAGUCUGUUAAUGGUUCGAACAGAAGUCGUAGUGGACGUCCAUUGCACCGUGAUGAGUUCAUUCGCUGCACAAGAUGUGACAAGGAGAGGAGGUUCCGUCUUCGGACCAAAGAAGAGUGCCGUAUUUACCAUGAUGCUCUUGCAAAACCUAACCGGACAUGUGCAAAUUUGACGGCUGACAGCGUCACCUGCGAUGACGACGAGGAGCGAGGGAGCCGCAAGGUGAUCAAGGGCUGCUCCCGCGCUGCGUCGUGCGCGGGCUGCGAGAAGUGCGUGUGCUUCGGGUGCGAGAUGUGCCGCUUCACCGACUGCGGAUGCCAGACCUGCGUCGACUUCUACCGCAACUCCAAGGAGUAGGAUGAUCCUCCCAGCCGCCAUUCGUUCCAUUGCAUUCGUUAAGAACACCUAAAAAGGCUCCCCUCCCCCCUCGCCGAGGCUGUCGUCCAUGGCGAACCGGAGGGAGGGGGCAGCCUCCUUAGCUAUCUAUCACCUGCCUCCCCGGCACAUCACCGGGGAGGAGAGGGAGAGGGACCCUAUUCCGAUUCCGGAAACAUUGUUCUGUUGUUUCGUUCGUCCGUGUCUUUGCUUUGCCUCCGUUUCCAUAAGACCCACCUGGGGAGGCAAAGUCAGUUGUAGUACCUGUUGUUACCGCACACCGUUCACCAACUGUUUACAUUGAAAUGCACCUGUGUAUUGUCGGUA